CGGGGCAACACAGAGACACACAGGACAAACAAUCAUGCACACACACUCACACCUAAGGACAAUUCAGACAGACCAAUUAACCUAACAGUCAUGUUUUUGGACUGUGGGAGGAAGCCGGAGUACCCGGAGAGAGCCCACGCAUGCACAGGGAGAACAUGCAAACUCCAUGCAGAAAGAUCCCAGGCCGGGAAUCAAACCCAGGAGGACCUUCUCGCUGCAAGGCAACAGCUCUAAUCACUGUGCCACUGCGCAGCCCCUCUUCCAUAGUUAUUUUUCUAAAUGUAAAAGCUGUCUUUUUUAAAGAUCCUAUAGCAGUUGCAGCUCUAAACAAGUUUUAUUCCAGUGGACGGUGGGGAAAAACUGCUCUUUGGAAUUGUAAAGGUUGCAGACCCUGGUAUCAGCCUUGAAUACUCUAAACUGGUGCAUCACUGUUUAAAUCAGUUAACAGGAAAAAUAGCUUCUUUUGCGUAUGUUUUACUUCCUAUUACACAAGUCUGAGUCAUAAAGGAGCUCUACCUCUCUUUUCCCUUCUCUGACACGUUUUGCUUUUCAUCUCUAGAAACCUGACACAGCAUCAGUGUUUGCAUGUGUCACUACUGUAGGGGCUAAACCAGAGAGGAACUGGCUGGCUUGCCGAUUGUGCAACAGGAAACAAUCACAACGUGUAUCUGGAGGAGGAGCUUCUCUCUUGGGCUCCGCCCCUUUGUGUUUUGUGUCCUAUAGAAAGAACAGUGGGUGUGAAGUGAGAGACACCCUCCCCAAAUCUGAGUGAAACCACAUUGAGGAAUGUGGUUGCACAAAGACACACACACGCGCAUGCACACACACUCACUCAGCCAUGUAAAUCGUUCUAGUCAGAGCUCCUUCCUGUUUUUCACUAGUUCCGUGUUCUCUUGUUCCGUGUUUGCAUUGACUCGGCUAGAAAGAUCAAAGAGAGAGAGAGAGAGAGAGAGAGAGAGAACCCACAAGGAGUUCUUACUACAUCUCUUCAGGUGGACAUUUCUGCUGCGUGUGUCUGCCUAAAGCCAUGGGGGCUGUCAGAGGGGUCGGGGGGAGCAGAAAAGUGCAUUCAAAGAAGAAGACUGACAUUUUUCCCCCUUCAAAGCAAACCUUGCUCUAACCAGAACAACCCGAUUCUCUUUUUUAACCGAUGGAAUUUAAAGGGCCAAGCAGUUGUGAAGCCUCAGCGACUGCUGAAGAGUAAACACCAUUCUCCAGACAUCCUACUGGGAAUGGAUAGGGCUUGAAGAAACAUGGAAGCAUUGAGACAAUCUGUUCUUCAUCUGAUUUUUCAGAUGUCCACAUAUAAGAGAGCCACGCUGGACGAGGAGGAUCUGGUGGACUCCAUGGGUGACGAUGUCUACCCCUCGUCGAUGCAGGUGGCUUUUUUUCAAGGCAGAGGUACCACAUGCUGGCAGGACAAGACACAGCGAGAGAGGAAGCUGCUGUAUCUGGUGUGCAUCCUGUCACUCGUCUCGUUCGUGUCUGCCAUCGCUGCUGGGCUCUUCUACAAACAGGCACACCCAGGUUUGUGCUUAACAGAACCGUGCAUCACUGUGGGCAGCACCGUCGCAGGGGCCCUGGACAGAUCCGUAGACCCCUGCCAGGACUUCUACAACUUUGCUUGUGGGGGCUGGGUGAAGAACAACCCCCUCCCGGAGGGAAAGUCCCGCUGGGGCCCCUUCAGCAACCUCUGGGAGCACAACAUGCUUGUAAUGAAGCGUUUAUUAGAAAACACAACGAUGAAAGGUUUAAGUAAAGCUGAGGAAAAAGCCCAGCGGUAUUACCAGGCCUGCAUGAAUGAAUCUAAAAUGGAAGAAUUAGGUGCUAAACCUCUGCAGCAGCUAAUCCAGCAGAUAGGAGGGUGGGCUCUAACGGAGCGAUGGGAUAAAGAAAACUUCCAAGAAGUUCUACGAAAAGUCUCUGCCAGCUUACGCACUUCUCCUUUCUUCACUGUGUUUGUCAGCACAGACUCCAAGAACUCAAACAGUAAUGUCAUCCAGGUGGAUCAGUCCAACCUGGGUCUUCCCUCGCGGGAUUACUACCUCAACAAGACAGCUAACGACAAGUAUCUCACAGCGUACCUCAACUUCCUCGUGGAGUUGGGGGUUCUUCUGGGUCACUCGGAGGAGAUGUCUCGGACGCUGAUGACACAGAUCGUGGACUUUGAGACCACCCUUGCCAACAUCACGGUGCCUCAGGAGGAGAGGAGAGACGAGGAGCUUAUUUACCACAAAAUAGAAGCCAAAGACCUGAAAACUCUGGCUCCUGCCGUGGACUGGAUGCCUUAUCUCACAGAAGUAUUCACACCUGUGCCCAUUAACGAGUCAGAGCCUGUUGUUGUUUAUGCCAAAGAGUACCUCCAGAAAGUCUCUGACCUCAUAACGAACACAAAUAAAAGCCUACUCAACAACUACAUGAUAAUGAAGGUGGUGAGAAAGAUGGUUUCCGUUUUAGAUCAAAAGUUCCAGGAUGCAGAGCAGCGCUUCCUUGAAGUCAUGUAUGGCACCAAAAAGAGCUGCACUCCGCGUUGGAAGUUGUGCGUCAGCGACACAGACAGCGCCCUGGGCUUUGCGCUCGGAGCCAUGUUCGUCAAAGACACGUUUGCUGAGGACAGCAAAGCCAUCGCUGAAGAGAUGGUUGCAGAAAUUAAAUGGGCCUUUGAGGAUAGUUUGAAGCAUGUGAGCUGGAUGGAUUCAGAAACAAAAAAAGCAGCAAAAGAAAAGGCUGAUGCUAUUUACAACAUGGUUGGAUAUCCAGAGUUCAUCAUGAACAUCACAAAGCUGGACAAAGUGUUUAAUGAUUUUGAGGUCGUGUCAGAUCUGUACUUCCAGAAUGUCAUGCAGUACUACAACUUUUCAGCCAGAGUGACCGCAGACCAGCUGAGGAAAACUCCCAACAGAAACCAGUGGAGCAUGACCCCCCCGACUGUAAAUGCAUAUUACAACCCGACCAAGAAUGAGAUGGUUCUGCCAGCAGGAAUCCUCCAAGCACCAUUUUACAGUCUGUCUUAUCCUAAAGCUCUUAACUUUGGCGGGAUCGGAGUGGUCAUGGGUCACGAGAUGACUCAUGCUUUUGAUGACCAAGGGAGGGAAUAUGACAAGGAUGGAAACCUGCGUCCCUGGUGGAAGAACUCCUCUGUGGAGGCCUUCAAGAAACAGACACAGUGCAUGGUCGAGCAGUACGGCAAUUACAGCGUCAACAAAGAGCCUCUGAAUGGGAAACACACACUGGGGGAGAACAUAGCUGAUAACGGUGGGCUAAAGGCUGCAUACAAGGCUUAUGUCAACUGGAUAAAAAAGAACGGUGAGGAGGCUGCGCUGCCUGCGCUGGGAUUGACCAACUAUCAGCUGUUUUUUGUUGGCUUCGCACAGGUAUGGUGUGCUGUCAGGACACCUGAGAGCUCCCAUGAGGGUGUGAUCACAGAUCCUCACAGUCCAUCAAGAUUUAGAGUCAUAGGCACAAUCUCCAAUUCACAAGAGUUCUCAAAGCACUUUGGCUGCGGAGCAGAUUCUCCUAUGAAUCCUAAACACAAGUGUGAGCUUUGGUGAGGCCUUUCUGUGAAGUGCUGUUAAGUGAGAAGAGGUGAACGUGAGUGAAAAGCCUGUGAUAUUCUGACAACGUCUAUUUGGACGAAAAUGUGAGAACCACUGAAACCCUUAAUGCCUUGCCACUUAAAGCCUGUGAGUCUCCUUAUCAGGAUGCAAUGUGCCUGCUUCAUGUGGAGGAUUGCACUCCUUUCUGCUUCCCCACAAGGACUGCUAAUUUACAAAACAACUCAACCUAAAUGUAGUUAUAAAAGUGUUUUUAUGAACACUGGAAACCCUUCAUACAGACACAGAAGGAGGGCAGCUCAGUCUUUGAAAACAGCUUGCUCACUCUAUGGUUAAUAAGCAGAAAUCUUUGUUCUUAUGUGUGAAUAUGUUUGUGAACUGUUCUAAUGUUUGGAGUAACUGGUUUUUUAAGUGUAUUUAUAGUUAUAUUUUUAUAAAGACUUUCCAAUGACUUUCAAGGUUUAAUUAGCAAAAAUUGUGGCAAAUCUUCAGCAUUAUCUUUGAGCCACUGCAAUAAUUCUGAUCCGUUUGUGUAAAUCUCAAAGGAGAGUGUAAUUCAGAAGUUAUGCAGGUUCUAAGCCGCUGUGUCACGUUCCUUUUACAUGUUAAACUGUUGCAAAUUAUUUGUAUAUUAAAGAUCAACCUUAAAUCUU